CUGGUGGUAGUGGUAAUGAUGGAACACUAAUUAUUGAUGAAUAUCAACAAAAAUCAAUCAAUACAAAGCAAUUAAUGGUGGAUAUUCAAUCAACAAAAAUCGAUUAUUCAUCACCAUCAUCAUCAUUAUCAUUGCAGGUACCAUAUAAUAAAACACGUUCAGCAUCAUUUGAUGAUUCACGUCAAGUGGUUCCAAAUGGUGGUGGCGGCUUAUAUGUACCACAAGAUGCGCGUAAUGUAAGAUCAAAAUCAUUUGAUCAUUCAGCCACUAUGUAUUCAAAUGGAAAUCCAUCACAACCUCAGCCACCAAUUCAACAGACAAUGAAUAAAUCACAAACAAUAAUAAAUUCUGAUGUUACGAAUCGUUCAACAAUGACAAGCAAUAUGAUGAUGAAUAAACGUAGUGAUUCUAAUGCUUCCAAUACAUCAACAGCAUCAACGGUGGUUACAUUUUUAGAUGUACCAAAAUGGAAAUUAUUGAUACGACGAUCAUCAGCUACCAAUAAUCAACAACAACAACAGCAACAACAGCAGCAGCAGCAACAGCAACAGCAACAGCAACAACAGCAG